AUGGUGAUGCCCUUCGACCUAUGCAACGCACCGUCCACUUUCCAGGCAACCAUGAAUGAGCUCCUUCGGCCUUUCCUCCUCCGCUUCAUUGUCGUGUUCUUCGACGACAUUCUCUUCUUCCUUAAAGAAUCCAAAUGCGUCUUUGCUCAAUGCCAAUUGGAAUUCUUGGGUCACAUUGUGUACGGCCACGGCGUCGCCGCAGACCCUUCCAAGAUAGAAGCUAUGGUGAAUUGGCCUACACCCAUGACAACCCAAUCUUUGCGUGGUUUUUUGGGUUUAACGGACUUCUACCGCAAGUUCAUCCGUGAUUAUGCUGCCUUUGCGGCGCUGUUAACUUCACUCCUCCAGAAGGAUAAUUUCCAUUGGGGCGAGGAUUCUCAACUUGCGUUUGACUCUCUUAAGCGUGCCAUGACCCAGGCACCAGUGCUAGCUCUGCCAGAUUUUUCCCGUCCAUUCACACUCGAAACGGACGCCUCCGGCACGGCCAUGGGCAUCGUACUAAUGCAAGGUGGUCACCCCUAG